AUGUACACCUCCACCAUCGCCACCGUUGCGACAUUCACCCUCGGUGCCGCUGCCGCACCUUGGGGACACUUCGGCUGGGGAGGCUGGAACGGAUGGGGCUUCAACGGCGGCUCAGGCGAGUGCAUGAACGAUGCCCAAGCCCAACAAGUCGCCAACAACUUCAAGGGCUUGAUCUCGGCCUACACCAACGACCUCGCCAACGCCGUCCUCACAACGGACGUCCAGGACUUCUCUGACUCUGUCAUCGAGCUCAUCGACGGUGGAUGCCCCAGCUCUUCCCCAGGGCCGGCUCCUUAUAUCGCUUUGGGGUCCCCCACUUUCACUUCCCUCGCUACAUUCGAGGCAGGUCAGGGCGGUCAGCCAAACAUCACCUUCAACAUCCUCAAUGUCUGGCACAACUGCGAUACUGUGACCGUCAGAUGGCGCGGACCGAUGCCCAACCCCGGCCCAAUUCCUCCACCACCAGCCGUGCAAGAGCAAGUCACCGGUAUCAUCGUCCUUGAGACCAGCUUCAAUGGAUGGCAAUCUGCUCAGCCCUUCCUCAUCCAGACGAUCUACUCCGAGUUCAACUCUGGUGCUUGGUUGUACGAUCUUGGUAUCUUCACGCCAGCAGGCUGCUCUGGAUCGGCGAGACGCGAUGCCGUUGCUCAGGCACUCCCCGCUGGCAUGGGCAUGGUCAAGAGGUCGUAG